AUGCCGUUGAAUCUUAAACAUAAUUCAUGGAUUCCCGAAAGGUCAUGGUCAGAGCAAUCUAUAAAAAUUGGUCGAGAUAAACUACACGGAAGACUUAAGGAUAAUACCCAUGUUUUUUCUACACAAAGAGAAGGGAAAAUUAAUGAAGUAGCCCCACCCAAUUAUCAUCCAUAUAAUGAAUUAAUUUGUAAGUAUACUAAUUCUGGCAAUAAUGCGCCCUCUUAUGUGCCAUGGCGUCAUGUUAUAGGGGGCACUGAAUUGCCUGUACAAAAAUAUGGCAAGAUGCCCAAUUCGUAUACUACUCCUUUGAAAGAUAGGAAUAUUAUGAAUCACGAAAGAUGA